UUGACAUUCAAGAGCAUCAGAAGAAAAGUUUUUGUAUUUUGUGAUCAGAACUUGUGAACUAGUGAUAACUAGAAAACAUGUAAUUCACAGAAUAAAUGUAGUUCACCCAAAAAUGAAAAUUCUUUCCUCAUUGACUCAUUCAUUGCAAAUCUGUUUGACUUUCUUUGACCUGCAGAACACAAAAGAAAAUAUAUUGAAGAAUGUUGGUAACUAAACACCAUUGAAACUCAUUGACUUCUAUUGCAUGGACAUAAAACCACUGAGACAUUUCUCAAAAUAUCUUCUUUUGUGUCCCACUAAAAAAGGAGCCAUAUACAGGUUUUAAAUGGCACGAGGGUGAAUUAAUGAUGAAAGAACUAUAACGGUGAACUUUCCUUUAGCUUGACAGCUCGACAGUCCCCUUCCUUAUUUAUUUGCAUUAAAUCCAAGUUAUUUAAAAUAGUACAAGACUAAGUAUAAACAAUGACAGAAUUUUUAUUUUAGGGCAGUCCUUUAAUGUUUGUGAAAUGAGGUCUAAACCUCUCAUACUAAUUUAUACACCCAGUCAUAACUUAAACCAGAGAAACUGUCACAGGAAUUAUGCAUUCAGAUUCUUAUAAAGGCCCUGGGGUGACAUGCCCCAGCUGUUCUGUUCCAUGGUCAGUGAUGAUGAUGGUGGUCUUUCUACAGUGGCCUGGGAACACGAUGUCCUUAUCCUAAGAUAUUGUCUGCUUCAUUACAGAUUUACUUUUCAUGCCACGUAACUCCACAUGGUUGAGCGCUCACCAUGUACUGCAAAUGAGAAAAUUGGUGUGUUUUUUUGUUUUUUAUUCCAACGUGGCCUUCUUGCUCAUCAACCAAACAGCUUUUGAAAGCUGAACUUCUUAGGGCUUGUGUUAUCACAAAGCUCUGCAUGGUGUUCUGAGGAGUCUAGAAUGAUAAGCAUUUUUUUGCUGACAUUUUCAUCCAAAGCGACUUGCAGUAUACUUAUUGCACUGACAACCCCCCUGAAGAAAACCCUGAAGUCUCUUGAGCUUAAGUGCUUUACAGACACAGAAUGGUUAGAGUUCAUGGAGCAACUCUUGGAGGGUUUGAACCCACAAUCUUUUUGUUUAUAUGACUAGACCACUAACAUCAUCGGAUAUUUGUUAGAAUUGGCCACUUCUAGACUGUAGACUCCCCCUCAACCCCCCCCUCUCCAAAACCCCACCAAAGAUGUGCCAGACCAACAUCACCAAAAUAAUACAUUUAGCAUUUUUUACAGAAACUAUAAUGUUGGAGCCUUGUUAAACCCUAGAUUUCUGCAGGAGACGAUCAAAUAACAAUGCCUAAAUAAAACAAAAAAUGCUCCAUCCAACAAUAUGAUGAAAAUAUGUAAUAGGCUAUAAUAUUACAUACAGUAUUUUCAUCGUGUUAUCUCAUUACUUCUGUAACAAGGAACAAACAAAAACGAUAAAGACAACAUCAUGUGACAGUGAUCUACCUCUAGAGAAAGAAAAAGAUAACCAACAUUUAAAACAACAAGUGCACAGAUCGUUUGAGGUUCCUCAGAAAAAGACAAAGCAAGUAUCUAAAACGUGUGUAGGUGGAGCAAGUACCAUCCUCUUCCCUUUGAUGUGAAAGUUACGCAUUUAACCUACUAGAGUGCGCAAUUCUCACACUUCCCCGCACGAACGGCGGAACUGUCACUUCCAUCAAGCUAAGGAGUGCGCAGCCACAUCAACGCACGAAACCAACCCACAACCAAACCACAGUGAUUUUUCCUCUUCUUUAUUUAAGUCCUCCGUUCUUGUAUAUUGACUUCUUGCCUUAUUUUUUUCCUUUUGGAGAGCUGGAAGACACCCCAGAUCUGCGUUGUGCUUUCGGUUCAGCAUGCGUUUGGCGCACGGAGAGGACUCUUGGCGAGCUUUCAGGAUAUUGGCGCGGGGAUGAUGUUCAACUCGUCGGGUCCAUUAGAUAUUUUCUCGUUCACCCACCCAGAGGUCGUUUCGGAAGUUCUCAAUGGUUCUUCACAACUGUUCUUUAACGCCUCAAUGGCCAUGUGGAACACAUCCUGCGGGGAGCAGUUACUCGACUAUACCGCGACGGAGAAGAUCGUCAUCGGUUUAAUGUUGGCUAUCAUCACCACCGUUACGGUGAUUGGAAAUACGCUCGUGGUGAUCGCGGUGUGCGUCGUUAAGAAGCUCAGACAGCCGUCCAACUAUCUGCUGGUGUCUCUCGCCGUGGCGGAUCUCUCCGUGGCGAUCGUGGUGAUGCCUUUCGUGAUCGUGACGGACCUCACGGGUGGAAAGUGGCUUUUCGGAGAGGUCUUCUGUAACAUAUUCAUCGGGAUGGAUGUGAUGUGCUGCACGGCGUCCAUCAUGACGCUGUGCGUGAUCAGCGUGGACAGGUAUCUUGGCAUCACCCGCCCUUUGACCUACCCGGCUCGCCAAAACGGCCAGCUAAUGGCGAAAAUGAUCUUCGGGGUGUGGCUCGUGUCCGCCUCCAUCACUCUGCCGCCGUUUUGCGGGUGGGCGAAGAACGUCAACACCGCCGGCGUCUGUUUGAUCAGCCAAGACUUCGGCUACACCAUCUACUCCACCGCCGUGGCCUUCUACAUCCCCAUGAUCGUAAUGCUCUUCAUGUACUACAAGAUCUUCAAGGCCGCCAGAAAGAGCGGCGCCAAGCAUCGUUUCACCGACUUCACCCGCCGCGAGCGCCUGGAGACGGUGGCCAGCGAAGCGCUGAGGAUGCAAGGACUCAAACCUCAACCCGGCGUCGCCGAGGAGUGUGCCGCUCUUUCCCGACUGCUAAGCCGUGAGCGGCAGAACAUCUCCAUCUUUAAGCGGGAGCAAAAGGCAGCCACGACCCUGGGCGUGAUCGUCGGCGUGUUUGGAAUUUGUUGGUUGCCGUUUUUCAUUCUGUCUACAGCGAGACCGUUCAUAUGUGGGGUGAAGUGUAGCUGCAUUCCCAUUUGGCUGGAGCGGACGCUGCUGUGGUUCGGCUACACCAACUCGCUGAUGAAUCCCUUCAUUUACGCUUUCUUUAACCGGGACCUGCGCUCCACAUACAGAGACCUGCUCCGCUGCCGAUAUAGAAACAUAAACCGGCGUCUGUCGGCUGUAGGGGUUCAUGAGGCAUUGAAGGUUUAAGAGACAAAGUACAGCUAACGGAUAAGGUUUGGCCCAGAUGUGGUUACGUCAGAUGACAUAUAGUUCAGAUGGGACUGAAUCAUUGUCAUCAACCAAGACUUAAAAGCCAGGUGAACGGAGAACAAUUAUUAUCAUUUUAAUGGAUAGCAGGAAUUAUGGGAUACGUAGGAAAACAAAAACAAGACAUGGGGCCUCAUAUUUCUUCAGAACAGGGAUAUUUCAGUUCCAUUAAAGCAUUUUUGGUUAUUUUUCGGAUGAGAAAGUAUACCAUAUUAGAGUUUAACUGUAGAUUACAAACACUUUUUUUUUUAAAUAACUAAAUAAAUAAAUGACAACAAAGGUUACGAAGCUUAAACUAGCCUAAACUGGUUUUCUGGCUUUAAAGGAAAGUAGGCCUACUGUAGUUUGGUCACUUUCGAAUUCAGAGUUUGCUCUUUUUUAGCUCAAGAGAUUUGACGGAGUUCUCAGUUGUGUUUCAUCUAAGUAUCAGUUAAACCUCAGAUGUUUCUCCUAAAAUUAAAAUAGAGAAAUAGAAUAAUAUGAGACAUUUGUUAUAGAUUUGUAUAAUUAAUGUGGAUUGUAUAUGUACAAUAAUCUGAAUUUUGGUCAAUUUCAAGUUCACAGUGAAAUUUUCAAUAAUAUUGUUUUUUGAUUGCAGACUUGACAAAACUGAGUUUGGAAUCAUUUGUAAAAAAGUCUUUUUUUUUCUCAGGAAAAACAGCUGAGACGCAGGAGACCUAAUGAAAAGUAUCCAUUUAUUCUCAUCAAUGUCUGAGAAUAAUAAAUUAAAUCAGUAUGAAAACAAAUUCUGCGAUCUCAGUAACAUAAACAAACAUUGUGUGGCCCAAAAUUAACUUCCGGUUCAUAGACUUCCACAGAGAAUCAAUAUCUGUCGAGUAGUUUAAUUUAAUUUAUUACAAUUAAUAUACAAUUAAGUAUUAAUAUAAAUGUAUAUUGUUAUGAAUUAAAUAUAAAAUAAAUUGUUAUAUUACCAGCCACUAGACAGACCGACAAGCAAACACGUGCGUGUGUCUGAUGAAACCAUGUACAGCAGGCCAGAUUAAACCUGAAAACCAGCUUCGCUUAGUUUUUUAUCAGGGAACACUUAAUUUUACAUUUUAUUUUAAAUCGAAGUAUAUUGUAUAAUAAUUCAUUCGUACCAAAACACCAGCUGAACAUUUCUGCUUUCUAAAUUCAAGGCAGUCUGCUCAUUUUUUGCUGUCAUGGAGGUGUGAUGAUACAUCCUACUAUCGUCCUGGCCGUUAUUUUCUCGGGCCUGAUAAUUUUCUCAUCAUUAGAAUAGACUGCAACAUGGAAAAGAGCGAAAAUCUUCACACAUCUGAAAUCCUGCCCUCUUCCUUUAGCCCGUCAUUGCUAGAGAGCUGCAUUCCACAUCAGUUCGCUUCUGCCAUAGUCCUGAAGAAAUAUGAAGCCAUUUUUUGGUAAAUCAGAUGUUCUGUACAUAUCUGGUACACCCAAGUCUUCAGAGGAGAGAAAAUAAGGUGGCUUGUGGUUAGUUGUCACUAUGAGGCUCGACUUGUAUUGGAAAUCCAUCAGUGUGUGUGUGUGUGUGUGUGUGUGAGCGGGAAUCUCUGCUCCGAGACACUGAGAGACAGAGCACUUACCUUGCUUUUCCGAUGACUCAGUCCAUCUAUUUUAGGAACGUUAAGAACAUAGCUGCCUGUCUUUGAUGGAACAUCUAAACUCAGCAAGCCUUUGUGCAUAACCUGUGAAACGGCGUUGUCAGUUGUGCAUCCUCUUUUCGACCCGAUGUGGCAAUUUAAAAAGACAUUGAAUGUCUAAGUGUCUCUUGAGCCAUGAAUGAUGAAACCCGUUGUAACUGGAAGGACCGAAUUUCUUGAAACCUCAAGCGAUAAUGAUGGACUCUCCUGGAACAGAUAAAUUAUUGACAGAACAACUCAACACGGUUGUUUACACAGGAAGUCCUGGAGGAGAGUUGUUUUUUAUGUACAGUUCUAUAUGUAUGUUGCCAAAUAUUUGUGAGAAGCUUACAAAACGUUUCUUGUCACAGAAUUUAACCUUGCACCAGAGGAGUUGCAACUGUCUGAGUUUUUUUGUAUUUGUGUGUGUAUUACCUUUUCCCACAAGGCCAAUUGUAAGUGUUUGCCAAAAUCGCUGAUGGUAAACAACACCAAGCUAAAGUAAAAGAAAGUUUGAAUUAAAUUAUAAAACAGAAGUUUGUUUGUACAUGUUUAAUGCAGAGAUA